AUGACCCAAGAUAUUCCCGGGCCUACUCAUAGAAUUGACUAUUCCCACGCAACUCACUCCAUCUCCCUCAUCGACCAUCGCUCUCUCCAUAGGAAUCACCAUCUCCACUCCCCCAUCGAACACAAGCCCCAACUCCCCAAUCCUCUCCGCAGCCGCCGUAACAUUAUUAUUUCCUGUAAAGCACAUCUCGAACAACCCGUCCUUGCUCGUCGUCAUGUUAAACCGCGCGCCCGUCAAACUCUCGACUCUCGAUUUCACCUCCGCGUACGCCUCGUCGACGAGAUACAUCGGCCCCGUGGCCGAGUCGAGUAUCGUCUGGCCGGAGCCGUUGGCGUCCGGCCGGAAAGCCGACUCGCUGACGUUCAGCUUCGUCCCGUUUAUUCGGAUGGCGACGAGGGUGACGGUGUAGGCGUGCUCGUCGAGGUUCGGCCGAACGUCGCCCGGGAAAUUCGUGAAAUCGAUUCGUUUGGUGAUAUAAUUCGGGUUGUUGUUUCCGAGGUUCAUUCCCAAGAUUCCCUCUGCGCCGCUGGAGUCCUUGUCGUGGGAGCAACCGAUGAUGAGGGGAGAGGGAGAAUUAUGGGAGUCGGAGAAGGUGAAGGUAUCGUGGACGAGGCUGCCUUCGCUGGGGGUGCCGUCCGCGUAAGAGACGGAGAAGGUGAGGGGCACCUGAUCAUCGGGAUGGGAAGUGGGGCAAUUGGAGUUGUUGCGGCAGAGGAUGGGGUGGAGGAUGAGAGGGAAGGGAUGAAGGCGGAGGAGUUUUUGCUCCUUUUGGGGGAGCAGUGGGCCCACGACAGCUGGCUGCCGGUGUCGAGGACCAAUGGGACGAGCUGGGAUGGGGUGCCGAUGGGGAGGAACACGAUCGGCCCCGACGAGACGCGGACAGAAGAGUUGUACGUGCGAGAUGAUGAUGAUGAUGAUGGUGACGUGGCGGCGUACUUGGAAAUAGAGGAUUUGGAAAGUGAGCCGAGUUCAAGCCGGAAAGAUUGUGACCUCGCAGCCGCGAUUGCCGAAGAGGAGAAAGAAGGCCACCCGUUCCCAACCAGCCCAUGGUCGGAGAAGUGGUGCAAGUCGUGGGCGGUAGGGAGAGAAGAGGGUGCCAAAGGUUUAAGCAUUGUUGUAAAAAACGACUUAAUUGGCGGGUCCUUCAGUUCGCUGGAAUGA